AUGGCGGAGGUUGCAACUAUGGUCGAACAAAUACCCAGCAUCAUAUUGCAACCCGCCGAAUCGGAGACACGGCUACCACCACCAUCACCUCCUCAACCUCCGAAACGAACGCCCCUUCCAGUCCUUCAACUAUCCAUUCUUUUACUUAUACAAUUAGCAGAGCCAGUUACUUGCACCGUUAUAUAUCCAUUCGUGAAUCAUCUUGUUCGCCAAACUGGUAUUACGAAGGGAGAUGAAACCAAAACUGGAUAUUUUGCUGGUCUAAUUGAGUCUCUAUUCUAUGCCACUGAGGCAAUCACGGUUUUGCAGUGGGGUCGUGUAUCAGACCGCAUGGGCAGAAAACCUAUCCUCUUGGUCGGCCUAUUUGGGUUGACGCUUUCCAUCUUAUCAUUCGGCGUAUCCAAAAGCUACUGGACCCUUGUCCUGAGUCGCUGUGCCGAGGGGGCAUUGAAUGGAAAUGUCGGUGUGGCGAAGAGUAUGAUGGCUGAAAUCACCGAUCCUUCAAAUAUGGCACAGGGCUUUGCAUUUUUGCCUAUGGUCUGGGCAGUCGGUGGAACACUCGGCCCAAUCAUAGGCGGAAUGUUGUCUGUACCUGCCGAAAGAUGGCCGAAUUCGUUUGGUCGCUCCCCAUUUUUCGUGAAAUACCCAUAUUUUCUGUCCUGCCUAAUCCCUGCCUGUUUGUCCGUCUCGACUUUCGUUCUAACAUUAGUUUGCCUUAAAGAGACUGUGUCAAACAUCGCUAGACGUAAAAAACGGACGAUCGACCAUGAAUCUCCCGACGCUCUUGAAGUCCCUGACAUUCCAUCACGAACAACAUCCCGACGAUCCUCGUUCACUCUGACCACCAAACCAGAUCCCUUUGGGCCAGCUGAGCUAGAUGAGAAAAUCGAGUAUUCUGCUAGUGAAGAAGCCCCUUCCAAUGUUGUUAUAGCCAAUAAAAAACCAAGUGCACCCCCUCUUCGCUCGCUUCUUGUUCGACGCGUGCUCACGCCUAUUCUCAAUUAUGCAUUCAUCGCAUUCGUUGAUCAAUGUAUGACGGUAUUGCAACCUUUGAUGUACUCGACGCCUAUCGCCCUCGGCGGAUUGUCUUUCAGUCCUUUCACGAUUGGUAUUGUUAUGGGCGUGUGGGGUGUCAUCAACGGCUGUAUACAAAUAUUUGCCUUCCCUGCUUUACUCAAAUACCUUGGUCCACGGAAAUUGUAUACAGCAGCACUCGCGAGCUACUUUAUCUCCAUCGGGGCCUACCCAUUAAUGAGCUUUCUUGCGAAACAAGCUGGAGGGGUGGAUGGAAAGGUCUGGGCUGUCUUGGUAUUUCAGCUUGCUUCUAUCAUUGUCGGAUUUAUGGGAUUUGGUUGUAUUUUCAUAUACGUCACCGACGGCGCACCGAGUAGGGAGGCCCUUGGUGCGACGAAUGGUAUAGCCCAGACGACGGCGUCGACGAUGCGUGCACUUGCACCAUCGGCUGCUUCGUCACUGUUUUCGCUCUCCCUGCAAAGGAAUCUUGCGGGUGGUACGGCGGUUUAUUGGAUCCUGAUGUCCAUCAUCAUCGUCGAUGGACCUUCGGAAGAGAGUCAACGAUCCACUGGUGCUAACAGCUCCUAGGUGUUGGAUGUUAUCAACACUGUCUUUUCGCAUUAGAUUAAAGCUUAUAUAAUCACACAAUAUACCCGUGUUUCUUGAAUUGAAAUUAACU